AUGAAGUGCAUUCACGGACAAAGUACGAUGUACAACGCCUCAGCCCAGCUCCGUCUUAUCACCAAUAUUCAUGUCAGCUCGUUCCAACCCACACCAUACAGUGAGAGGCGUGGUUGCCAUAAGAAGCGAGACUACGGGCAUCUUCAUCGACGCAGGCAUUCCCUUCAUGCUCUGGUAGACUCACAUCGUCGAGGCAAGGAAAAGCAGGCUCCCAGCGGCACCCUCUUUCCAAUCAUGCUGCUCGCUGCUGGCUUUUGGCUUUCGAACGCAACCGAGCUGCUCAUGGGAUGCACCCUGCUCGGUUCGGAAGGGCGGGUAGCAUUCCACGUGUCCGAAGUCAUCACGAAAUGGCCCGGAACCCCUCAGAGUGUUUCUGUACCCGCGUGCUGA